CUCUCAGACUUCUCUCUAGUAGUAGCGAGUGGGGUCCAGUUGGGUCCAAGAGGGGUCCGUCGAGUCGUCACAGGCAGAACUGUCGAUAGUGUCGGAGUCCUGUAGUGUGUCAGAGUGUGCUGAAGGCCUGUCAUUUGUCAGAUAUUUCCCUGUGCAUUCGAAACUCUCUUGAUUUCAUACGUUCUUUAGCAGCUGUAUAAUAAGUGAUUUGACAACAUUGGAGCUCGGCACAAUUAGCAUAAAGUAAACUGCGCUGCGGUCUGUUGGUCUCCGCCCGAGAGUGAAAUUCAUUACAGGCCUCACAGCUGCUUCGUGAAUUGGAAUGCAGGAUCAACAUGGAGGUGAUGGCGGAUAAAUCGAUAUUGUUCGGUGAUGUCACGCACAGUUGCUGACUCCUGUUUGGCAUAUCGUUGUGAGUAAAUUUACGCGUCGAAAAUAAAAACAGACGCGACACUACCGAUGUCGGAUAAGGCUCCAUGGUGUAAUUUAUGGACAACGCGUACAAAACGUGACCGCGCGGGAAAUUUGAGAUCGCGAAAUUUAUCAAAUGCCUGAGUGUUGGAUCGAUCGAGAGACGAGGAUGUAUAAACGAGAAAUACUUUAUGUAUAGCAUAGAGUAAAUCUAAUCGUCUAGCUUAGAGAACAGAGCAUGGAAUGGACGGAUCGUGCCCACUUCUUUUUCCUAAUUUUGGGGAACAAAGCUGUUCCAAGCAAGGGGGUGGUUAUUCGUCACAGAAAGUCACUGUGUAUCGACCAGGAGUGGACACUAUCGAUUUGGGUUAUCAUACACUCGAUAAUAAUGCUUGUCGUACAACGUCAUCGUCAUCAUCUUCAUCGACCCCAGGCGCAAUUAGUGUAUCCGUGCGUCAACAGCAGCAACUGCAGCCACCUAGCAAACACCACUUGGUUCUGCAUACAGGUGCAGAUCUCUGCCAACUUGAUGACAAUUUGCUGCUAAGGAUCUUCAGUUGGCUUGGUACUCGCGAUCGUUGUACUCUGGCACAGACCUGCCGGCGUCUUUGGGAGAUCGCGUGGCAUCCAGCACUCUGGCGCGAAGUCGAGGUGCGCUAUCCGCAGAAUGCCACUAUGGCGUUGAAUGCAUUAACGCGUCGCGGCUGUCAUACCUGCAUUCGUCGUCUGAUACUAGAAGGCGCCGUUGGAUUGCCUGGAAUUUUCGUUCAAUUGCCAUUUCUCAAUCUCACUUCUCUCAUUUUGCGUCAUUCGCGUCGCGUCAAUGAUGCCAAUGUCACCACUGUGCUAGACAGCUGCGCCCAUCUCAGGGAGCUUGAUCUCACUGGUUGUUCAAAUGUGACUCGGGCCUGCAGUCGCACUACCACCAACUUGCAAUUGCAGUCGCUGGAUCUCAGCGACUGUCAUGGUGUGGAGGACUCCGGUCUGGUACUUAGUCUGUCACGUAUGUCACACUUGGGAUACCUUUAUCUGCGUAGAUGCGUUCGCAUUACCGAUGCCAGUCUGGUCGCGAUUGCCUCCUAUUGUGCCAAUUUGCGCCAAUUGUCGAUGUCAGACUGCGUGAAGGUGACGGAUUAUGGGGUACGCGAAUUAGCGGCACGUCUCGGGCCAUCGUUACGUUAUUUUUCCGUAGGUAAGUGCGACCGCGUAUCCGAUGCCGGUUUACUAGUUGUUGCGCGUCACUGCUACAAGCUGCGUUAUCUAAACGCCCGUGGUUGCGAAGCACUCAGUGACAGUGCAACCGUCGCUCUAGCGCGUGGCUGCCCACGCAUGCGAGCUCUGGAUAUUGGCAAGUGUGAUAUCGGCGACGCGACUCUUGAGGCACUCUCUACCGGAUGUCCGAACCUGAAAAAACUGUCGUUGUGCGGCUGUGAGAGAGUAACUGAUACCGGCCUUGAGGCAUUGGCUUAUUAUGUGCGCGGUCUACGCCAGCUCAACAUUGGUGAGUGUCCUAGAGUCACAUGGGUCGGUUACCGCGCAGUCAAGCGCUACUGCCGACGUUGCAUCAUAGAGCAUACUAAUCCUGGAUUCUCCAGCUGAUCUAUUCAGUCAAUUUUCCGCAACGGCUAUGUUCAAGCUCUUACAUAGUGAUGUGAGAAGAUAUUCUCGAGGAUUAUUUAAAAAAGGAGGAUAUUCCGACAGAAGUCCUUUGGAAAAAAAGAGUACCAGAAAAUAUACUAAAAAUAUUAGGAAUAAGAAUGUUAUAAAAGUAUACUUUGGCUAUUGGAAAAUGUUUCUACAAGGAUAUGAGUAUCUUGCAAAGGUAAAAAGAAAUGCUUAUGCUUGUUUCUAUCAACAUUAAUUAAAUUUUUUAAUUGAGUUUAAACUUCAUUCAGACAAAGACUUAAAUUCAGGUUUAAUCGACAUUAGUAGAAACUUUCAUGAGACAACAUAUUGUUACUAUACUCUUGACGUAUUUUUGUAGUAAAUAUUCUUUUUCGCAAUGUCUGAGAUUUUUUUAAAAGAAUUUUUUUAAGUUUUGAAAGUAUUUUGAGACUGUUGUAAGUACAUUUUCUAUGGAUUGGGAUGUUUUGAAAAUGCAUGAACAAUAUCCUCAGAAUAUUCUGUCACCUCACAUCACUAGUCCCAAGUGCCAGAGUGUAAUAUAGUGUGUGGAUGUUUUUAGGGAAUUGUAAACCCAAUUUAUUUGUGCGACAAUAAACGUUAUCCUCUUUGAUAAGGCGUCUAUCAGAAAAUAAUAAAAGACGCAUUAUCAAUUUGAGACUUAUAUAACCUACAAUAUAUUUAUUAACAAGUAUUGUUUCAUCGCCCGCAAAGAUAUAAUUUGUAAAAAAAAUUAUAUUUUAUAAUUGGUUGUAAAAAUAUAUACAUAUACACUGUAGUUGCUUCGGCAGUCGUACGUGCUAUUUAUUGUUUUUGUAAUUUAAUGCAUUUUGCAAAAAUAAAUUGUUUGUAUUCUGUAACUGACAAA